UUUAUUUAUUUUUUAAAUGCAAAACAGACUUAAUAAAGAAUUCUCAGAUUUAACUGGAGGUAAUCCUCUAGUAGGAGUUCAAAUAACAGCUGAUCCUAAUAACAGAUUAAUGUAUAGAUUCAAUAUAAAUCUUAGAUGGAUUGCUACUGUCUCAGGUCCUGAAGGUACAGCUUAUUAAGGAGGAAAGUUUAAACUCUCUAUUACAUUUCCAGAGAAUUAUCCAUUCAAGGCUCCAUUCUUUUAAUUCUAAACUAAAAUAUUCCAUCCUAAUAUUAAUGAAAAAGGUGAAUUUUGUGAGGAUAUGAUUGAAACAAAGGUAUUUACAAAAAUCAGCUUUAGGAAUAAUGGCAACCAACAAAAACUGUUAAACAAGUGUUGGAAAAAAUAUUAAAUAUCCUUGGAUAAGUUAAUACUGAUUAAUCACUCAACAAUUAAGCUAUGGAAAUGUAUAAAAGUAGCAAGGAUAAAUUCGAAGAAUAUGUUAGAGCUGAAACCAAGAAGCACGCUUCAUGAAUCAUCAAUAAUAUUAAACAUUGUAAAACAUUUAUAUUAAACACUCAUUUUAAGGCUUAAUUAAUUUC